AUGUCUGAAGAAAAUGUUGAAAAGUGGGCUAGAGAAGGGCAAAACAAAGACUUUUAUAUGUCAACAAGCUGUUCAAGUUUUGAAAUGUUAGACCCUCAUGACCCAGUAAUUAGUCGUCUAGCUACUCAGCUCUUCAAGAGGACUAAUGAGUAUUUGCAAGGGGAAAUGGCUGCUGGCCAGGACCACUACAAUCUUCUGGAAGAAAUAAACCGGUUAGCAAUAACAAAAUAUGCCGAUUUGCGAAAUUUAACUGUUAAUCUCAGCAAAACUUUAAAUGAAUAUAACGAAAUAUAUAAUGUGCUUAUUAAACCCUUGCUUCUCCAAAUUGACCAAAUUGAUGCACAAGUAUCACAAUUUGAAGCAAAUGCUUAUAGAUUAGAUAGUUACACCAAGCAACUGAAGGCUCGUUUUAAGGAACUUGAGGAAAAA